AUGGACGUCGGAAAGCUUGUAGCAGUGAUCGGUGACGAGGAUACCGUGACAGGGUUCCUGUUGGCUGGAGUAGGACAUCGAACUGCCGAGGGAUCCAACUUUCUGAUUGUCAAGCAAGACACGCAGCUCACGCAAGUGGAGGAAUCCUUCCAAAAGCUGUCCCAGCGAAAUGACAUCGGAAUUAUCCUCAUCAACCAGCACAUUGCCAACGAUAUUCGUCAUGUACUGAAGGACUACAAUCAAACAAUACCUACAGUCUUGGAGAUCCCCAGUAAGGAACAUCCCUACGAUCCCGAACAAGAUUAUAUCAUGCAACGCGUCAACAUGUUCCUGGGAGGAGGUGGAAUUUAA